AAAAUUAAAUUAAAAUGGGUUUUUUUUUCAACCUGCAAGACAAAACAUUGGGAUGAAAAAACCCCAUCCUGGUCUCAGUGAGGCUUAGAAGCUAAGCUAACCGCUUGCCGCUUCCUCCACAUGUUGACUCGGUGUUCAGCAAACUUGCUUCCACCAUUGCGGCAUUUCGAGCUCAAGCCGGCCCGUCUGCUUCACUGACAUGUCCUGACCGCGCGCGUCUACCAGCUUUUGUCACAGAAGAUCUGCGGAAAGGAGAGGCUUCCGGAUGUCCACAAAACACAAGCUCCGGGUAGUCUUGACAACAGCUGCCUCCCGCCGUUGUUGCUAACUCAAGUUCCUGCUCCGCCCGCAGAUGAGGCAGCCCGCCGGUUGAUUCAACCCAAUGUCCAUUUCUCCACCACGAGGACACGCGCAAAGGGGGACAUCUCGCUGUUCAUGUUUCGCCAAGAAGUCAGUGUGGCGUCUUUCAUUCCAUCCUGUUCGUAUCUUUUCCAACACGAGAAGAUGAACGUGUCCAGAUAUAACGUAUACAGCCUUCUGGAUUGGGUCUACGGCGGGGUGGACCCCAAGUUUGCGGGGAACGGGGGCCCCGAGUGCGCAGCCUUCCUGACGCCCCAGCAGCGCGCCGGGGAGAGCCUGGUGAUCAUCCUCAUCUCCAUGCUGGAGAUCUGGGCGUCUCUAAGGAAGGUCAACCCCUCCAGGGACUUCAGGGCCACCGGGAAUGACUGCACAAGGGCGAAGGAGGACAGCCUGGGGAAGAACCUGCUGCUGGUUGCCCUCUGCAUGACUUUUGGGGUAGAGGUUGGCUUCAAGUUUGCCACCAAGACUCUGAUCUAUCUGCUGAACCCUUGCCAUGUGGUCACCAUGGUUCAGAUCUUCCUGCUGGCCUGUCCGCCAUGUCAGGCGGCAAUGGUUGUGUUCAGGCUCCAGGUCCACAUGCUGAACGGAGCUUUUCUGGCUUUGAUGUUCCCGGUGGUCAACACCAGACUGCUGCCAUUUGAAAAGGAGAUCUACUACAUCCAGCACUUCAUGCUGUACUUAGUGCCUCUUUAUCUUUUCAGGAAAGGAGGUGUGUACAAGCCGGAGCCUUUGGGGGACAUGUGGUGGGCGCUGCUGGCCUCUGGCAUGCUGUUCUUCUACCAUUUCACCUUCCUGCAAGUGCUUGGCCUGUGGACCGAGGUCAACCUUAACAACAUGCUGUGUCCGGCCGUGUCCGACCCGUUCUACGGGCCGUGGUACCGCGUGUGGGCCACGGGCCACCAGACCCUCCUGACUCUGAUCCACGGGAAGCUCCUCACGCUCCUGUCGCAGCACCGCGGCUCCGCCUGCAGCCACCUGCUGGACGCGCUGCGCCUGCGCAGCAAGAAGGUGGACUGAGCGUUGGACAGGCUCACCCCAACAGCCGAUGUUAUUUUGACUUUUACUUUUUUAAAUUUUUUUAUAAGCGAGCGUUUUUAAUGCAUCUUUUAGAACCAUUUAAAAAGAGGGACCAUUCGAGGCAAGAAUGCGACUCCCUGUGUGACUGCGCUGCAGCUGGCUUGCACAUUUGCUCAUCUGCAUUGUAAAGCUGGUAAUUGCCGUGUCGGAGGCUGCUUGGGUAUGGCGUGGCGGUUUCCCGCGCCGCCUCCCUCUGGAGCGCGUUUUGAAGCACACUGCAAACGCCAGCUGUGGUUUCAAAGUUAGUUUUUAAUGUGAAAUCCAUGUCAUGACUGAAGAAAAAAAUGUUGAGAUUUGUGAAAACAUUUUAGCCGCUUCUUCUUCAUCUUCGUCUUCGUCUUCUUCUUCCACCAGUUUGCUCAGAACAUUCCAGACCUGAUCAUCAGGAUCCUUUUCUCUUGCUUUCGUCUGUUAUUUAAAGACUUUGCUGGGUUCAGCUGUCAUUUGUCAGCUCUGGAUACAAUGUGUUGGAAAUCACUCCACAAAUUUAUAUAUAAAAAAAAAACAUUCAAUGUUGUGCAUGAAUUCACUUUGUUUUAUUUAUUCAUUUAUGUUUGAAAGUAAAAAAAAAGAAAAUAGGAAAAGCUUCAUAACUGAGGGGUCCAUAUUACUGUAGCAUAUCCUUUACUGUAAAGCAGGAAGAAAAGGAAUUUUUGUAUUUCUGUCUGUUCAUGUCCAUGUGCUGUAAUGACAAUUAAAGGGAUUUUCCUUUCAU